AUGUGUGGGAUUUUCUUCUCAUUGAGCGCGCCUGGUGGCGCGUCUCCAACACAGGAGACCAGCGGCUUGCUACAGAAGCGAGGACCGGACAGUUACACAACGCAUACGGUGCAGAAGGACAUCCAGGCCCAUGGAGUAACCCUUGCCUGCCAGCUCACUUUCACGUCCACCGUGCUGUCGUUGAGAGGCGACCAUGUGUACACACAGCCACUCGUAGACUCUGAAUCCCAGUCCGUUCUCUGCUGGAACGGAGAAGCAUGGAAGAUCCAAGGCGAGCGUGUACAGGGCAAUGAUACUGAGCGCGUCUUCAACUUAUUUCUGCAGGCAGUGAAACAUGAUGCGGUCAAUGGGAUAGCCGAAGCAAUCUCAAGCAUCUCCGGACCAUUCGCCUUUGUCUUUUACGAUGCGGUGAACUCGAAGCUUUACUACAGUAGGGAUUGUUUGGGUAGACGAUCUCUUGUCCAGGGAGUUGACCACGAGGGCAACCUGAAGAUAUGCAGUAUUUGCGACAGUGCAUCGGUGGAUUGCUUCCAAGAAGUUGGCACCGAUGGGGUUUACACCAUUGAUCUAGAUCAUACCCUGAACCCCCAGUCGUUCCAGAGUAAGACUAUGCCAUGGGGCUCUGGUCUUCUUAAACAACACAUCGAACCAAUGAACACCUCGCUACCAGAGGACCCUCCAGUAUUGACAACCGACUCCCCGUUUGUCAUAGAGCUGCAGUCCAAACUCCGCCAAUCACUGGAGCUGCGGAUCCAAAACAUCCCGGAACCCCCCAACUACAUCACAGAUCAAAGUGCAAAGACUGCCGUUCUCUUUUCCGGCGGCCUAGACUGCACUCUCCUAGCAAGGCUCUCACACGAGAUCCUCCCACCAAAUGAACCCAUCGACCUUCUCAACGUGGCAUUUGAGAAUCCCCGGGUCGCAGCAGCAGCGAAACUCAAUCAAAAAACACCAUCUCCCCUCUCAAUCUACGAAAACUGUCCAGACCGGAUGACCGGCCGCUCAGCCCACGCCGAACUCCAAAAGACCUGCCCAGGUCGCAUUUGGCGCUUCGUCGCCAUCGACAUCCCUUAUUCCGAAUGUCUUUCCCAUAGGGAUCUCGUCAAACGCCUCAUGAGGCCCCACAACACCGAAAUGGACAUGUCGAUUGCUUGCGCUCUCUACUUCGCUUCCCGCGGCCAGGGCUCAGCAACUACAGAUCCGCUCGUGCCCUCCGGCCCCUUGUACACGAGUACCGCACGCGUUCUCCUCUCCGGUCUCGGGGCAGACGAGCUCUUUGCCGGCUACGGUCGACAUGGCGCAGCCUUCGCUCGCGGAGGCUUCGAGGCCUUGAUCGCCGAGAUUGAUCUCGACGUGAGCCGGCUGGGUUCGCGGAACCUCGGGCGGGAUGAUCGGGUUCUCUCGCACUGGGGUCGUGAAACGCGGUUCCCAUUUUUGGACGAGGAAUUCGUGUCUUGGGUUGUGUCUGCGCCUGUGUGGGAGAAGUGCGGGUUUGGACUUCCUGGUGCCACGGAAGGCAUCGAUUGUGAGAAGCUGGCGCUGAGGCUCGUUGCCCUGAGACUGGGUAUGGAGCGUGUGGCGCGGGAGAAGAAGCGGGCCAUUCAGUUUGGAGCUAGGACGGCGAAGAUGGAGACGGGAAGGUCAAAGGGUACUGAUGCUUUGACUUGA